UCUAAUUUCCUCACUCUCCAAAACACAUAAUAUUAUUUCACUCUGUAAACCUUACGUUUGAUAUAGUAUUCAUUUGACUGAACUGGACAUGGCGAGCUCUACAUUCAUCAUCACGAUCUUGGUGGCCAUCCAUCUCAUGUUCGUUCCAUCAAUCUCGGCCUACCAAGGCACCACGACCUACGAGGACCAUGAUCAGCACCAUUGCCACGACCAAAUGCAACAUCAAUCAUUGUCAUAUUGCAAACAGUUCCUAACACAUGGAAGUUUUCAAACGUCACAUAGCAAGUACAUCGUGCUGCAAACCCGCCUAGGGGUGAUGGAUCGACCCGAGCAGCAGCUGCAGGAGUGCUGCGGGCAGCUGAGGCAGGUGGACGAGAGCUGCAGGUGCAAGGGAUUGAGGCAUAUCGUGCAGGAGCAGGCCAAGAAGGGAGAGCUGCCCCGCAAGGAGAUGCACAAGUUCGUGAUGAGGGCUGAGAACUUGCCCGAGAUGUGCAGCCUCGCUCACCACCGGUGCCACAUCGGGUUAGGAGGAAACUACUAGGCAGAAACAGAGGCACAAACAAUUGCUGGAUUAAUCUCAUUUGAGUCCUUGAGGAAAAUAUAUAUGCGCAAUAAGCUCGCUCCAUUUUUGGUUGUUUCAUUUCAGUAGCUGGAAGAAGCAGAAUAUGGAAUAUAGUAUAAUGAGUUUUGGGUGAUACCGGCUGAACUUUUUCGGCAUGGUUGUGAGAUUGAUUAUGGCAUUGUGCAUUUGAGGAUUCAAUAAACUUUUAAGAAUCUUUAUCUUCUCGAUCAA